AUGCGUGGGUGCUGUCAAAUUCCUGACCUGACCAGGAAUCUCUGCGGCUGGAUGCUUCAUCGGCUGUGCCUCUUCACCUCAACGGAGAGUACUACGGACCGCUUCAGGUUGGUGCGGGCUCAAGCUGCACAGAUUCUGCCGGAGCUCAGUACAGCAGGUGAAUGCAUGGACUCGUGCAAUGCCUUUGCACCUAGCUUGUGCCAUGGAGUGGGCUUCAAGGACUCUGUGCACUGCUUGCUCUUCCUCGAGGCUGGCGCCAGUGGCAGCGAUGCUCCAGGACUGAACCGACAGGCCUGGACGCUCACGAACAGCUCAGGGACUGGAGCUGUGGUCGCGUCGCAAAUGGGCCUGGAUGGGCGAGGCGGUGCCUGCUACCGGCGUCAGCUGGAUGCAGCUUGCUAUCCGCCUGGGCGUGUCCGGAAGAUUGUCUGGGAAGGCUGCCGCUGUCUGACUCACUGGGCUUUGGAACUGGACGAUGGCUCUUCCGAGUCCGCGUCGCAAGUGGUCCCAGGCCGCAACUGGAGGAACUGUGCCGGGGAAGCGCACCUGGAUGGAGACGAGUACAUCCUCGGGAUGACACAGUAUGGUGGCGGAUACUGCAACUUCUAUGGUGGCUGGGGUCGCAGCUUUGAUUUCUUCACCAACAAACGCACUGUGAACGUCAAGGCCCCAGGAAAGCCACAGCUCGACGUCGCGUCGGAGAUCGCCAGACGGGCUGUGACGGUCAGCCGAACGAAAGAAGGUGGCAAGUUCUUCCUCUUCCACAAAGCGGCAUGGAUCAGCAUCUUCGGGGUGCCUCCUGGCUCUGCUCCAGUCAAGACUCGCGUAACGCAGCUGCGUCGGAAUGAGCUGAUCUGGCAGGGCGAGGUGGUGGUUUGGAGCAAUGUCAACGGUCCACAUGGACGACGAUCGCAUGAAGGUGAGUCUGGUCAGUGGCAGUCGGGUGAUCUUCUGGUGCCUGCAGCCGGCCCUGACGCUGGAGCGAUCGACUUUCUGCUGGCCCGCAUGCCUUCAACAGCAACGAGGAAGAGCGAGUUCGUGUUCCGAAUCGCCAAAAUGGAGACGUCAGCCUUGCGCAUCAAGGAGAUUUCCCUCUUCCAUGCUACUGGCACACGUGCCGCAGCACUGGGUGGCGAUGUGGUUAUGUACAACAGCCGGAAUGUGUAUGGAUUGAACGAGGGAUUCACGUACACUGCAGAUGGCUACAUCGAGUAUGAAGAUGCCGAUGUGGCUGGCCCUGGCUGUACCAGUGGUGGAAAACUCCGGUAUGGUGGCCUGCACGAUGGCGAUGAAACGAAAUCUGAUUGCAACUACCAGAAGAUGGCGACAAGCAUAGGUGCCGACGUUCUCAGCAUCCAAACGUCAAGCCGGGUCCGCUACGUGCGCCUGUGCAUGGCGCAAGAUGCCUGGGCCGAGUUUGACAUCCUGAAGGAUGAGACCAGCAUGGUCGAGUCCAAGUCGGCGCUGCUUGGCGCUUCGCAGCCUGGCAAGCUGAGGUGUUGGCUCUACACCCUCAAUGUGGCUCCGGAGCAGCCUCUGUCGUUCAUGUCGAAACCUGGCAAAGGUGGCUGCGAAGAGAAGGUGGAGGGGAAUUUGCUCUUGGGCCACAGCGGAUUCAGCUCGGAGGAGAAAGUCCAGGAGAAGUGCCGCGAGCUCCGCUGCGGAUAUUACAUCUGGAGCAAUGACCCCGCUAGCUCACGGCACAGUGCUUGGUUUUGCAUGACGAACUACUACAGCCAAGUGAGCAAUGGGCAUGAGCACCCAGACUGGAAAGUCGGUUUCCCCUACGGAAGCUACACGUAUGGGCAGGCUGGCGCUGAAGAAUGUCCGGCUGCAGCAAGCCCAUUGUCGCUGUCUGAAUGCAAGGUUUUCGCACUGACUGACCGCGCGAAGAAUGGUCAAGGCAAGCGCUGUUCGAGCGGCUCAGAGGGGACGUCCUCCUCGUUCACCGAUGCCUGUACCGGCAAAUCACGAGACACAGAACUCUGCAACUCGCGUCCAAAGGGCUGUUGGGCAGAGGAUCGAGGGGACGGCGGGCUCUGCGUGCUGUUUAAUGACGGCCCGGGCACCGGGGCUGCUGGGGCCGUAUCCAUCUGCCAGAAGGAAGAUUUGGCUGUGCAGUUUCGAGUGGACAACCUCGCAUCCUCACCUGGUCAGCUUCGCUUCAAGCGAGGAGGUGCCUGGGCCAACAAGGCCGUCUCUACCAUGGUCAUUCACAAUGCCAGCAAGUACCACGGCUUUGCCUUCACUCUCGGCCCCAUGGAGGAUGCGAGCCCUCCAGGCUUUGCGAUGGGACUGAGCAGCCGGCCUGAUGAGGAGAAGGAAGAGUGGUUCAAGACUUGGGACUUCAGCGUCGUGCAGGCGCGGCAAGAUCAACGGCUGUACAUUCUGGAGACAAAUCAGCUGGCCGGCAAUGCCGGGCAGUUUGGUGUGUUGCGGAGCGGUGAUACAGUGGCCUUGGCCGUGAACCCCGCGGGCAAGAUGGAAUACUGGGUGAACGGCGAACUGAAACAUGUCAGCGACAAGAAGCCAAGGUACCCGUUGUACGUGGUGGGCAACUUUAUGGCCAGUGGUGCGCGGGUGAAAGACAUCAAGUGGUGGGAAGGGAAGAAGGAUGUGGUCGUGAACCUCGAGGAGAAGGUGCAGUUCUCCCUCCGCCUGCAGCCGGGCAAGCAGCUGCUUGGGCCCUUCGUCGGGCCCAUUGCUGGGCUCUACCCCGAGGGCCGAGUCACGCAGGUUGGCUUGACGGAUGUCUGCAUGCCAAAGCCGCCCUUAACGACGCGCAGAAGCUCAGCUCAACAAGGGUUUGCCCUUUGUUGCCAAGUGUUUCAGGUUGUGACGUCCACCUGCGGUGGCACAGGGGGCGGGGCUGCCUGCAAGUUUCCAUUCGAGUUCAAUGGCAAAACCUAUGAGAGCUGUACCAAAGAGGGCCACGAUCGGCCAUGGUGCUUUACCGUGGGUGGAGCUGAUACGUGGGGCAACUGCGACUGCCCUGCAUCGCUGGUUGCAGUGGGGUCUGCCACUUCUGCAUCGGUCGCGGCGACAACGACCGCAAAGGGCCAAGGCGGAAGGUCGUUCGAGUACGCGCUUGUGGCAGCCUCUACAAGGAGUGGUGAUGUGGGUUACAGCAGUUGCUGGGAUAUUGGCGAAAUCCAGUUCUUUUCUGAUCGCAUGUGCCGAAAUCAGAUCACCGUGAAUUCGCGAUCCAUCUCAGUUAGCACGUACGAGGCGUUUAAGGUGCAUGGAUGUCUAGGGCAACCGAGCCUCCACUCACCUCGGAUGCGAUACUGCGAGAAGGACGGCCUGGAGAGCUAUGAGUACAAGGAGAUCUCCAAAGACAUGAUUUGUCGAGCGGGGGUGGAUGGCCAGUGGUAUCUGGGAGGCCGCAGCGCUGCCAGAGGAGGUUUGUACAACAGCCUGGAUGCCUGCAAGGACCUCUGCACCGCCGAGAGGAGCUGCACUUUUUUUGGGUAUCGAGCAAAGGAUGGCAGAUGCGAGUUCUUCACUGCCUUCGGUGAUUGCGAGAACAAGAUGGGAGGGGCACCUGGCUUUGCCAUGUACAAGAAGCUCAAGCCCCUUCAGACGGCCACGGCGCACGAGGUGAACUGUGCAAAGAUGGCGCUGUUGCCAGUCAAGAAGGGUCCCAUGGAAGCCAGGUGUCGCAGCGGAAAUGACUUGGGCGAUGGCUUCGAGUACAUCUUCAACACCGGUGCAGGUACAUCUGCUGCGGCCUGCGGUGAGGCCUCCACUUGCGAGUGUUGCAUGCGCCCGAAGAAGGAUGAGGAUGGCCCUUGGCCAGUCGCGUCGAAGAGCAACACCCGCUGCGGCGUCCUCGACAUGGCAGCCAAGGUCGGUGUGGCCGACAGCGGCGAGUGCCAGAGAAAGGCGAUGGAUGCGGGGCAUGCUUUUUUCUCCCUCCUCGAUGCUGAUGGUCGGAGGGAGUGUUUGACCUCAGCAACCUGCACUUCUUUGGUCGAGGCUCAUGGCUGGCGUGUAUACGGUCGGCGCCCAGCCGGUCGAAAGGAGCUUUUCGGCCGGGGGAGCGCGGCUCUGGGCGUGGCGCAAGGCUUCAACAUGAAGCAGUCUGCGUGUUGA